AGAGCACUCAAAGAGUGACCGAAAAUAAAGCGCCACCGAUAAAGACACUUGUUUAUGCCCACUUUCUGGGUGCGUUAAAGUCGCCAGCCGAAAGCCACAUGAAUUUAAAUUUUUAUUUGACAAUAAUAAAAGAAAGAAGAGCGUGGCAAGACAAAUGUCCUUGGCUGGUGGUGGCUGGGGAAAUUCGCGUUUAUGGAAAUGCGUAAAACGCCAAGAAAUACGCAACUUACCUAAGCAGCCAUAACAGCAGAUCAUAAAUAAAACAAUAUCAUAUGAAUGCUUACGAGGCGUAUGCGUAAUGGCGGGGAAGUGGGAUUUUCUGGGACAUAGGGUGCAAGUGGUGCUGUGACAAGUAAGGAAAAUGUUAUUUGCUUCUUGGCACGCCAUUGUCAGACAAAGCAACGAGCCAGCUGGGAGCACGUGCAGGUCCUUCCAGGAUAUGUAAAUCCGGGCGUGUGUGUGCAUACAUAGAUAUACAUACAUAUAUAAACCAUGUUACCCACUUUAGCUCCAUCGAAAAUGGCGAUAGUGCAAGUAUUUGUGAAGCAAGUGUAAGACGUGAGUAAAGGACGAAAGCAUAAGCCAGAAGUGAGAAGCCAGCAACCGAAGGACUACGCCAGGAGCAUACGAAUGCCAGCGGCCAUGGCGCAACUUGUCAUAAGCGGCACUGGCGGCUUACAAGCAAAAUAACCAGCCAGACAAAAGGACACCAGCAAGUGGCGUUAAGGCAGGCAGCAACCUCAGCAGGAUACAGAAGUCGCGAGCAGCAGCAGCAGCAGCCACACCGAAAUGGAGCAGGAUACUGCAGCAGGUCCUGCCAAGAAGAGCGGCACCACCUUGUCCGUGGACCGGGCCGCCUUCCUCCUGCUGCGCGUCAGGAAAGUGUUCAAGAAGAAGCGACAGCAGCGCAAGGAGCGACAAGCCCAGCAGAAUGCAGCCGCCGCAGCGGGUGGUGCUGCUGGAGGUGGAGGUGGCGUGGGUGGUGCAGGCGGUGGCUCAGGGUCGCAAUCGCGACCGGGCAGCCGCAAGCUGCCGCCGCCAUUGUUACGCUCGCGCACACUGCCCGCCAUUAUUGUGCCAGGACUUCCGGUCGUCUCGCUGCACACGGAUAAACAAACAUUUCAAUUGGACGAGCGUUUGCUGGGCAGCAAAAGCCGCAGUGGCAGCGCCAGCGGUCAUCGUUGGUCGCUCCUCACACGUGCCAGCAACAGCAACAGCAAUAGCAGCACCAGCAACAACAAUCCCGCCAGCAGCAGCAACAUCAACAACAACAACUCCCAUUUGGCCAACAACAACAAUACGCUGAUGGUGAAAUCAUUGAAUUUGCCCAAAGACGAUAGCAAUUUGGUCUACCGGCGAAAGUCCUCGGGCAGUACGCCCCAUCAGCAUCAGAAUUCGCACCACCACCACCAUCACCACCAGCAGCAAUUGCAUCAGCAGCAGCAGCAACACGCUCACCUGCAACAUCUGCAGCACCUGGGGGAUGCCUCUCUGUUCCACGUCUCCGAUGAUUUCGAGUGCCACGCGGACGGAUCGCUGCUGCUCAGAAUUCCAGCCCCGCAUGUGGUGGCAGCCCGAGCCUAUCGACUGGCGGCCCGAAAGCGGGCCUCAGCCUCCUCGGAGGCCUCAACGCCGAUGUCCCGGGAGCACACCCUGCACGAGAUGCCCCUGGCGGAGACAGCCAGUUCGGGAUCUGGGUCCGGCUCUGGAUCGAGCACGACCCUCACACGGCUGGCCAAAUUGCUGAAUCAAUCAAGCGCCCUGGCAAGCAGGUCCAAUUUGCAGCCACCGCCGUCGGGUGACAAUGCGGUCCAGAGUCUGGGACGUGGCCUGGGAUUGGGUCUCGGCGAGGAGGCGCCACGUCGUCUGUCGUGGGAGAGGCGCAAGGACAGCAGUGCUCUUCAGCGCUCGGCCAGCAUCGACUCCUUUGCCGAGAUUGUGUUUAGCGAUUCGCCACGCCCCUCGCUGGCCGUCACAGCGCCAGGAGCCUCCUACGGAUGCGUUGGAGGAGCCCCCUCACCGUUCAGCAAACGUCCCUCGGCCAGCAGCCUGUACUCCACCUCCACGUCCAGCUCCUUUGGGUCGCAGGCACAGGCCCAGCUGAAUGUCAAUUACGGUGACUCGGCAGCCGGAUCCGGAUCAGCGAGUGGAAGUGGACCGGGCACCGGUGUCAAUGGAGGCAGUAGUGCCAGCAGCAGCCGGCGCGAAAGCAUGCUCAGCCCGUCUUCCACACGCCGCUCCAAGCUGACCAGAAUCAUAAACGACAACAUAUUGCCGCAAGAUAAACGUGACAGUGACAUCGAUAGUGUCAGGCUUCGGGAAAAGGUGGCCAAUCCGAGUGCCGGCAAUAACAACCAGGACAACUACCCCACCUACUAUCCGGCUCCAUUGCUGUCCACCAGUCGCUGGUCGGAGCAGCUGACGCAGCAUGCAACGGUAGCCAAGAUACGCACAGCCAUCUCCUGUCACUCCCAGGAUCUCAAGGAAAUGGAAUUCCUUCUGCCCCACUCGCGAUCCGAUGCGCAGUCCAAUUCCCAAUCCCAGCUGUGCAUUUCAAGGCACUCGCAGCCCAAGAAUGCCAAGUUGCGGGAUGAUCACGACGAGACGGGCUCCUCUGAACUGGAGUCACCACCUCUGGGCGAUGAGAAUGCCUCGGCGAAUGGCCAACUUUCGGUGCACAGGCAGCCGGUACAGCUGCGCAGUAAAAUCCCGGGAAAUACUCCACAUCCGCGGGCCAGCAAAAUGUCCAAGAAACAGCUUAAGUUGGCCCAAGCCCAGCUGGACAAGCUGACGCAGAGCAAUCUGCAUUUGCAUGCACUGUUCUCGGCAGUGGAGCAUGGCCAUCUGGAGAAGGCGCGCACUAUUCUCGAGUCAACCGACGUGGAUGUAAAUAGCAUCAACAACGAUGGUCUUUCUGCACUGGACUUGGCCGUUCUAAGCAAUAAUCGCUCCAUGACCAGGAUGCUGCUCCAGCAUGGCGCUAUGGAGGGCUCUCAAUUUUCCGUGGACACCAUUGGCACCAAGCUGAAUGGCUUGCUCAAGGACGCCGAGUCCCGGAUUCACGAUCUGAGCGGGCCGGAGGGUCUGUGCCCGCCCAUGUUCGCAUCGCGCCCCUCCAUCUCCAGCAUCAUAAUUGGUGAGUGGUCAUCCAGUCACAUGAAGAGUGCACUUAAUCAGCAUUUCAAUCUAUUACCCGCAGGCAAUUCCAGCGCCUCGGUUACCGGAUGCACGGGCAGCGAGGUGGAGAAACAGAUCGGCAUUUGGGAGCGACGAGUGAAGGGACUGCGCCGUUUGCAGCUCGGCUGGGAUCAGGCCCGGCCACCAGAUGCACCCGCCUCCGUGGUCGUUGACGUCACCGGCGACAAUUCCAUCAGCGUCCAAAUCCUAGAGCCCUUCGAGGGGGCCAUCGGCACGAAAUUCAAAGUUCAAUGGUCAACCCGCGCGGAUUUCAACAACAUUGUGGGCGAGAGUGAGUUGCUGGAAUGGAUCAGCUUCCAUGGCACGAUGGGCGCCCAGUGCCACAUAUCGAGGCUCACCCAGGGUCGUCGCUAUUUCUUGCGAGCCGCCUGCGGCAAUGUCAAGGGCUGGGGUGCCUUUAGGACCUCGGUGCCAGCCAGUGUAGUGCCCUCAACUUGGCGGGAUUUGGACAAUCGGGAGGAUCGAUUUGUGGGUCGCCACCGCAUCCUAGACAAUCUGUUUACUGCCGUGCGGCUGGCCAGACCCGCCGAUGUCUCCGAGCUGACUUUGGAUCCAGCGAGCGCCCAACGGCGCAAUCCCAAAAAGAAGACCACCAUCAAGCAGCUUUUCUCGGUUACCUCCAAGUUUCAAAAAACUUUAAGACGCGGUAUAUACUUCUCUUGCAUUAUUCACUGCGAUGACAAGGUGCUGGUCACCAGCGAGGACUUUCCGCCGGUCAUCGAGGUGGACGAAUCCUAUCCCAGUGCCCUGCACAUGGACUACUACUGGCUGAUGAAGGUGGCCUGCACCUGGGAGGAUGUGAAGUCUCUGCGCUCGGAUAUGGAGCGCAAUCUCACCUCCGCCGUUCACUUCCGCACCAAGCUCCUGUCGGCCGUCUGCCAAAUGCAAUCGGCACUGGGCAUCACGGAUUUGGGUCAGUUGUACUAUAAGCCGCUGAGAGAUGCCCAAGGCACUGUGGUGCUGACUUGCGUGCAGUCCGUGAAGAGCCAGAAGACCGUGUCCAUUCUGAAUUCACGAUGGCUACCGGUCAGCAAGCUGCAGAAGAAGCUGGGUGCUCUGCACGACGAUUACACCAUCAACGAGCUGCUCAUCUCUUCGAUUGGCGAUCAGUUGCACUACCAGCAGGCGGCGCUGCAGCGUUUGGAGCCGGGCCUCUACCUGGGCUACCUGAAGAUGCAGUGCUCCAUGGACCAGAUCCAGGUGGUGGUGCCGGUGAAAACGCCGAAUGUCCUGCCCCACUGCAAGGUGCGCGAGAACAGUCACAUUACGGCCGAGGAGUGGCAGGUGCUCCACCGCUGCACCAGCGAUCCGCUUCGCCUCCCGCUGGACUUCAGCUCGCAGGGAGGGGAGUCUGCAUCCGGCGGAGCAGCGACCACGGAGGUUCAGCGCCUAUUUCUGUACGAUCUCACCAAUGCAAUGCACAAGCUGUUUGCCAGUAUGAACAUCAAGGUGGCCGAUGCAACCACCCACCGCCUGUACGACGUGGAGGUGAUUGAGCACAGUCCGGACAUCAGUUUCCUAGUGGUCUGUCCAUCCGCUGAGGCCUCGUGUGCCGUGCCCGGCCAGUCGGAGUUGCUGCUCCAGAGGGACGAUUUGGCCUGCUUGAGUAUCCAGGCCUUUGAGAUGAUCCACCUGCGUACGUAUCAGCCGGCCAUUAUUCAGAAGUAUGCCCGCCUAUCCUGCAUCCUUGAACUGGACACUGCCCUGGCCACACACUCACUGCGCGAGGCCUUCUCCAGCAGCGAACUGCAGGCGGCCAAGGAGCGUUUGGCCACGUUGCAGGAGCUUAGUGCGAGCUUGACGAUCGUGUGGAAGAGUGUGCGCUGGUUAAUGGACGUGGUGGCAUAUGCACGAAACAAGAACGCACAGCCCUCGCUGGCGAUGCGUGAAAUCCUGGACUUUGCCCAGCAGCGACAGGAUGAAUCGGUGACAACGUCGUCGGCGGCGUGCUCAGCCAGCAAACAGCUGCUCCAGCUGCCCAUCCGCGAGAGCAAGUCCUCUAAGACGGGCCAGGGAAGAGGCAGUUGGCCUGGUCCAGGAACCAGCGAAGAUCCAGCGCAGGGAAAGUCAGAGCAUUCGAAGUCGGAGCAGAAUCUAGAAUUGAGUGCUAUUACGCCGGUAGAGCCUGCAGUCAAACAUGUUCCCACACAGCAGCAGUCCCAGCAGCAUAUGCAACAGCAGCAACUUCUCCAGCAACAGCAACUUUUACAAGUUUCCACGACCAGCGAAUAUGCCGGCUCCAUUUGCUCGGAAGUAUCCUUCAGGAAGAACAGUGGCGACUCCGUGAGCUCCACGUACACGUCGCGCAGUUUCUAUUCCGCCGUGGACUCAGCCUCGGAUGGAAACAGCACGAACAGUGUGUUUGCCAUGCCGCCCUCGCGUUCCGAUGACACUCUGGCGGAUGCACUGCGUCACUCGCAGGCGGUGGCCGCCCAACGCAAGCGAACCAGCUCCAACAUCGGAUCCCAUACCAAUCCGCUGAUCACGGUGCAUGGCUCCAGUUCGGCCCCGUAUCUGGCUGGGUCCAGUGCUUCUUUGAGGAGCGGCGGCCACGGAGCCUUCGCCACGGAUCUGGAACACAAACCGCUGAAGCCGGCGACAAAAGCAGCCUCUAGCGUUAACCUACGCGAGGGUGGACCGUAUUUGAAGAGCACCCUAGCUGAGCUACGAGCGGUGGGUGGCGAGGAACCGGUGGCCAGUACCUCGAAGGCUUCCUCGAUGAAGAGCUUGUCGCGGCAGAGCAGCGAGGAGGACACCGCCAGCUGCUCCAGUCUCAAUGCCGAACCAUCGCCGGGGAUUAUUCAAGUAUAUACCGCGUACAACACGGGACUGGCCAGUGGAACCAGCCUGAAGCUGCAUGUGACAUCCAAGACGACCGCCCGCGAAGUGAUCAACCUGGUGGUGAAGCAACUCAACAUGGCCGUGGUGCUCAAGGGAAACAAUGGGCCCGUCUACGGACCCGAAGUGCUGGAGAACUUCUGCCUGGUGGCUGUGAUCGGAGCACGGGAGCGUUGUCUGCGGGAUGACUUUAAGCCACUGCAGCUGCAGAAUCCCUGGAAGAAGGGGCGUCUGUAUGUGCGCAAAAAGCACGAGCUCCUGGCGGCCAUCGAGCACUCUAACCGCAAAUCGCAUUUGAUCUGAACCAUCUGACUCAAAUCGCACAGGAAAUGGAGAAUCAUCGAAGAAGUGAAGCACUUGAUAUAGUAAUAGUCCGGACGGCAAAGAGAUCUCUAGAGAUUUAAAAACUUAAGAUGCCUGAAAGUAGGCAAAUCCUUUGUUCAAACACAUUCAAUUCGGUUUUUGGAAUCUUCAGAGAUUUAUAGGACUUCUUGCGUUCCACACCCUGUACAUUUUGUUGUGUUUCGGUUUUUGGGAUCCCCAAUCACAAUACCCAAUCAAUCCCACCCCUCUUCAGGGCAAUGAUCAAUUGACCAAUUCCCGAAUUAGACUGAAUUACUUAUGUAUGCUGCAAUGGCAAACUGAUGAAAUUGUAUUUAAAAUGGUAUUAUACUUUGAGUAGUUAUACAUUCAACAUUACCCAAACAAACGCAAACACACACACGAAACGGACUAAGCAAAAACAGAUUGUUGUUAGUUGUUCUAAAGUAAAGAAGGUUACGACCAUACAUAAGUAGUAUGUAUGCUAUAGAAAUAUUAUGCGUACAUCAAUGUAUUUUAUUGUAUGUAUUUUGUAGUUUAGUAAACAAAUAUUUUGAUUGUAUUUUUGUGGCAUUUUUAGGGGCACAUUUUUUGAUCUAAAUGUUAAAUCGGUAAAUACGGAACACAAAACCAAAACAAAACCAAAUCGAUGGCAAAACUUAAAGAGCAGAUGUCAAUAUGCAUUUUAAGUGUCAAUCUUGAUGUCUUUGAUGUGUGUGUGUGUGUUCUUGAAAAUUGCAAUUCCUUUGGAUUAAACAUAAAUAAUUUAGCUGUAAUCAAUUGCUUAGUAUGUAAACAAAAUCACCGCAACAAAAAUGAUAACAAAAACGGAGAAUAUUUUUUAAAAAUAUAUUGGCACAACUGCAUGUUGAAAAAAAAAGCAACGGGCAACUGCAAAGUAAAGUUAAAAUGUUUGUAUUUAUAAAAUGUAGAAGUGUGAAUUUGAUGUCCGAACUCUAUCCACUCCACUCAGCAAUUGGCUCGACGAGCUUCAUACCUACUUGAUAAUCCUAUGCCCCAUUUCCCCAAUCUACUCAGCUGUUGGCCCACUUAGAACCCAUAUUAUUAACGUGGCUAUCUCAAUGUGCAAAGCCGUAUGUGUCUAUAAAUAACUAUUCAUUCUACUCUAUACUCUUUCAAUAGGAAAUACGAUAAGUAAAUUAGAUGAAAAUCUUCAGACACACUUGUUUGUUGUGAACCGGUAGACAAAGAAAAAAAGACAAAGUUUCAUUGUCAAGCUCAUGUCCCAAAAUACAAUAUUUUGUUUCCAUUGGACGACAAGUCGAAUUUAGAUUGGAGUCGCAGGUCGUGAAAAGUAUACAUUUUGAAUCUUAUGAGAAACUAGACGAGAACACUUACUUUAAAAGAAUGUGCAACACAGAGUCCAUAACAGAGAUAUCGAACUAUUUAAGAUGUCUACGACCAACAAACGAUUUUUGUACGUUUUCUCUUGUUUUUGAGAUGUCGAAAGAGACGAUUUUGAUACAUUUUUACUCUAUGGUUUACCAGUCCUAGGGCUCGAAGAACAGCAACGAACGUAGCUAUAUAUUUUGACCCCAGAUAUUACAUCCCCCAUGCGUUCACAGCCCGGUUUCAGAUUUGUAUCAGCGCCACCUAAUUGCCUCGAUAUUCGAAUGGUCCGCAGAUCAGAAUGGUCGAACGAACAACGAACGUAGUUGUAAACAAGUUCCAAACUGAGUAGAAUGGCCAGUUUCAGUUUGUUAAUUCGGAAUGCCAAUUAAACGAUUUCAAUUGUCAGACACAGUGUCCGUCCCCAGCAAAAGAGCGUUUGGUUUUGUUUGGAGUGGAGGCGAAAUUAUACAGAGUAUUAUUUUGAAUUGCGAUCCAGUGAGAUUAGUUUUUACGAUGCAAUCUAAUUGUAGCUAUAGCUAAUUGUUAAUGGCCUACAAAAGAGCGAAAUGUAAAUGUUACCAAAAGCAUUGAACGAUAAAUGUUGUAGUCUUUCCGCAUAUGAACAUGAAAAACACAUCAACGCAGACAAUUCCUGUAAUUAGAUUAUAAAGAAGAUGAAACUUAUCAAGUGUAACUCAGCCCAAUGUCAGUACAUUCAUUAUCGACUACCUGUGUACAUGUUUAGUGUGUUAAUGGGCCUAAAAAUAUACACCAACAAUACGCUCCAAAUGUGGAGCUAAAAAGAGGACAACUAGCGUUGGUUAGGAUAAUGUGAGUACGAAGCAUUCAAAGAAUAUUCAAUUAACUUAAUAAAGACUCAACAAUUGUUAUGGUGUAAUUCCAAA